AUGUCUUCGUCCGUCGUCGAAGCCACCGCGGAUGCUUCACCGCAUCUCCGCGUGUCCGCAUCCAAGGGCCAGGCUGCGCAAGCUACUCCCGAUAAAACAGAGCCUUCAACCAGAAUCGACCCUCCAGAAACCUCCGCUGUCGAUGAUCACUUCUUUUGGACAUACACAGAGGAGCCGCAUCGCUCCAGGCGACAAGCCAUCAUCAAAGCGCACCCGGAGGUCACCAAGCUCUGCGGACCAGAGCCCUUGACCAAAUAUGUCGUUCUGGGCGUCGUCUCUCUCCAGGUCCUCUGCGCCUACCUACUCCGCAACACCUCCAUGCUCGACUGGAAAUUUCUCGCAACUGCAUAUGUGAUCGGAGCCACCUCGAACCAGAACCUCUUCCUCGCCAUCCACGAGAUCUCCCACAACCUCGCCUUCCGGUCUGCCAUGGCCAACCGUCUGCUGGCCAUCUUCGCCAACAUCCCAAUCGGUUUGCCCUACAGUGCUGCGUUCCGGCCCUACCAUCUCACCCACCACAAGUCCCUCGGCGUCGCCGGCCUAGACACCGACCUUCCCACCGCCGUCGAAGCCUUCCUCCUUGACUCCAUCCUCGGAAAGGCCUUCUUCUGCACCUUCCAGAUCCUCUUCUACGCCGUCCGCCCCAUGUUCAUCUACAGCCCUCCAUUCACCUCCAUCCACGUCCUGAACCUGAUCACCCAGCUCACCUUCGACUACGCCCUGACCAAGUUCUGCGGCGGCUCCCUCCAACCACUCUUCUACCUCCUCCUGAGCUCCUUCCUCGCCGGCUCUCUCCACCCCUGCGCCGGCCACUUCAUCGCAGAGCACUACUUCUUCUCCCAAGUUGGCCACGGCACCGAAUCCAUCCAAGAGCAAAAGAAUAACCAAAAGAAGUCUCACCCUCUAGACUCUCUUCCCCCACCGGAAACCUACUCCUACUACGGCCCCCUCAACUUCUUCACCUACAACGUGGGCCUACAUAACGAGCACCACGACUUCCCCGCUAUCCCCUGGACAAGACUGUACGAGCUCCACCGCAUCGCUAGCGAAUUCUAUGAACCCCUCCCCUGCCAUCACAGCUGGGUGUGGGUGAUCUGGACGUUCAUUCUGGAUAAGAACGUCGGCAUGUGGUGUCGGGUUAAGCGUGCACAGGGCGGUCGUGUCGUCGGUGGUGGGGGCGGACGCGCAGGUGAAAGCAUCUCGGCUUCGUCGGCUGGUCCGGAGGGGGAAUCGGGAGAUGGGUGGAAGGAGAGUGAGAUUCAGAAUUGA